UCGUCAUCUUUCGACGCUUUGGUUCUGCAAACUGGUCCUGGUCUUGCUCUUUUUGACAGAGUCCUGCCUCUUCGGGGCUUCAAUCCCUUCCCUAUCCCUCUCAUUCUCCGUUUUCUUAUCGACCUGUCCGCAUCUCAUACUUCACUUCACGUCCCCUUCCAGUUCGGAGCAGCUCCCCCCAUUUCGCACUCGAUCUUGAAAUCCUCUUGGGACGCAAGGCGCACGGUGCGCAAUUAUUCGUCAUGGCUCCUUCAGUUGUGCCAACCUCAGAUCCACCGUCCCAGGCAGAUACUCCUAUGACAGAUGCAAAUGAUGAGCCCGUUACCUCGGUGCCUGUCGAUCCUAUCGACGCGAAGAUGGCGGGCUAUCAGGAUACUCCAGACUAUACGGACUCCGAUACAAACCCCAACACCACCGCAAGCAGUGCUGCAGGCGACACAGUUCCGGUUGAUGGCCGAAGGCGGAGGUCUGAGGCCUUCCACAUGAGAAAGAACAUGUUCGGCAAGAAGCACGGCCACCUGAACGAGAACAAGGAAGAUGACUCUAUUCGCAGAUUCCGCUACCUUCUCGGUCUGACGGACCUGUUCCGUCACUUCAUCGAAACAAACCCUAACCCCCGCAUCAAGGAGAUCAUGGCCGAAAUUGACAGGCAGAACAAUGAAGAAGAAGCUAGAGCCAAGAAGAAAGGGUCUGCGCGAUCCGGAGGUGCAGGUGGCGACCGCCGUCGCAGGACAGAACAGGAGGAAGACGCUGAGUUGCUCCAGGAUGAGAGAAGCGGGGGUCAGACCGGUACCGUCUUCCGAGAGUCGCCGCCGUUUAUUCAGGGUGAGAUGCGUGAUUACCAGGUUGCAGGAUUGAACUGGCUCGUCUCUCUGCAUGAAAACGGUAUUUCAGGCAUCCUAGCCGAUGAGAUGGGCUUGGGGAAAACUCUUCAAACCAUCUCCUUCCUUGGUUAUCUGCGACACGUCUGCGAUAUCACCGGCCCGCAUCUUGUCGCAGUUCCCAAGUCUACCCUAGAUAACUGGAAGCGAGAGUUUCAAAAAUGGACCCCGGAAGUCAAUGUGCUUGUCUUGCAAGGUGAUAAGGAGCAGCGACACAAACUGAUCAACGAGCGACUUCUGGACGAGGACUUCGACGUCUGCAUUACUAGCUACGAAAUGGUCUUGCGCGAAAAGUCUCAUCUUAAAAAGUUUGCAUGGGAGUACAUUAUCAUUGACGAAGCCCAUCGAAUUAAAAACGAGGAAUCGUCGCUCGCGCAGAUCAUUCGAGUCUUCAACUCCCGAAAUCGACUUCUGAUUACCGGUACUCCCCUUCAGAACAACCUUCACGAGCUGUGGGCUCUUCUUAACUUUCUGUUGCCGGAUGUCUUUGGCGAUUCCGACGCAUUUGACCAGUGGUUCUCGAAUCAGGAUUCGGACCAGGACACGGUUGUACAGCAGCUUCAUCGCGUCCUCCGUCCAUUUCUACUCCGCCGUGUAAAGAGUGAUGUGGAAAAGAGCCUGCUGCCAAAGAAGGAGGUCAACCUUUAUGUGCCCAUGUCGAAGAUGCAAGUGAAAUGGUAUCAAAAGAUCCUCGAAAAAGACAUCGAUGCCGUUAACGGAGCAGCUGGAAAGCGCGAGUCAAAAACCCGUCUGCUCAAUAUCGUCAUGCAGCUCCGGAAAUGUUGCAACCACCCUUAUCUCUUUGAAGGCGCCGAGCCCGGCCCUCCCUACACGACCGACGAACAUCUCGUGGAUAACGCCGGGAAGAUGGUUAUUCUUGACAAACUCCUCAACCGUAUGAAGAGCCAGGACAGCAGAGUCCUCAUUUUCUCUCAAAUGAGCCGUGUUCUGGAUAUCUUGGAAGAUUACUGCGUUUUCCGGGAAUAUAAAUAUUGCCGUAUCGACGGUACCACAGCCCACGAGGACCGAAUUGCAGCCAUUGACGAUUACAAUAAGCCUGGCUCAGAGAAGUUCAUCUUCCUUCUCACCACGCGAGCAGGUGGUUUGGGUAUCAACUUGACUACUGCGGAUAUCGUCGUACUCUAUGAUAGCGAUUGGAAUCCUCAGGCGGAUCUGCAAGCCAUGGACCGUGCUCAUCGUAUUGGUCAGACCAAGCAGGUUGUUGUCUUCAGGUUCGUUACAGAAAAUGCCAUUGAAGAAAAGGUUUUGGAACGUGCCGCGCAGAAAUUACGACUAGAUCAACUUGUCAUCCAACAAGGUCGCGCCCAGCAACAAACUAAGAAUGCCGCUUCAAAGGACGAGUUGCUCGGCAUGAUUCAGCACGGCGCUGCCAAUGUCUUCAAUCAGGGUGCUGCCGAUGCGCUGAGUGAUGAUAACCUUGUUUCCGAUGACGAUAUCGAUAACAUUCUUCGCAAAGGCGAAGAGCGAACGGCAGAAUUGAAUAAAAAGUACGAGAAACUUGGUAUCGAUGAUCUGCAGAAAUUCAGCUCCGAGAGUGCGUAUGAGUGGAACGGCAAGGAUUUUGCCGACAAGAAGAAGGACAUUGGAAUCAACUGGAUCAACCCUGCUAAGCGUGAGAGAAAGGAGCAAUUUUACUCCAUUGACAAAUACUAUCGCCAGGCUCUCUCGACUGGUGGAAGGACAGCCGAUCCGAAGCCCAAAGUUCCCCGCGCUCCCAAACAAAUUUCCAUCCACGACUGGCAAUUCUUCCCUCCUGGCCUUCAGGAGCUCCAAGAGAAGGAGACCGCAUUUUUUCACAAGGAAAUCGGCUACAAAGCUCCGCUCCCUGACGGCCCCGAGGAAGAGCUCAGCGAGCGGGAGGCCGAACGCGACUUGGAACAGCAGGAGAUUGACAAUGCAGUUGCGCUGACGGAGGAUGAACAGGCCGAGAAGGCGAAGAUGUCGGAAGAGGGCUUCUCCCACUGGAAUCGCCGGGACUUCCAGCAAUUUGUCAAUGGAUCCGCUAAAUUCGGCCGUACUGAUUACGUUGGAAUUGCCACCGAAGUGGACAGCAAAGAGCCUGACGAGGUCGAGGAGUAUGCUGAAGUAUUCUGGAAGCGAUACACCGAGAUUCAGGACUACGCGAAGUAUCUCCGCGUUAUUGAGCAGGGCGAGGAGAAACUCCGCAAGAUGGGCCAUCAACGAAAGAUGCUUCGCAAGAAAAUGGAGAUGUACCGUGUUCCUCUUCAGCAGCUGAAGAUCAACUAUACGGUCUCUACCACCAACAAGAAGGUGUAUACCGAGGAGGAAGACCGCUUCUUACUAGUCAUGCUGGAUAAGUAUGGCGUCGAUGGGGAAGGGCUCUAUGAAAAAAUCCGGGAUGAGAUCCGCGAAUCACCCCUCUUCCGGUUCGAUUGGUUCUUCCUCAGUCGUACACCGGUUGAGAUUGGCCGACGAUGCACCACGUUGCUGAACACUGUCGCAAAGGAGUUUGAGUCGGAUGGAAAGCCCAACGGAGAGAGCGGCAAGGGUCGUGGACGUGACCGAGACGAUGACGAGGCUGAGAAUGAAGACGAUGGACCACCCGCAAAGAAGAAGACCAAGGCCGGUGUAGUUAACAAGCAAGUCAAAGCAGUCAAGGGCAACGCUAAGGCAAACUCCAACUCGACAUCCAGAGCUGCCAGUGUCUCCUCCAACACCGCUCCCAAGCCCAAAAGCCGAAAGAAGUGAUUUGGUAUUUACAUUUGGAUUUCAUGCAUGUGUGUGUGUGUGUGUGCUUGAUUCUUUUUGCUGCCAGGAUGGAGCUGCUUACUUCACAUUACAAUUAAUGUACUAACUACCUAUUGUAUAUCACAACGGUCUUAUUUGUAGAGAGGAGUGGGCUGGAUGGAUGGUUGGCGGGUUUGUUUGGUUGGUACAAUGAGUAUUCUUCUUCUUCUUUUUUUUUUUUUUUUUUUUU